AUGAAGAUGAAGGUGAAGGUGGUGACACAGAAGCUUGUGAAACCAUGCAAGGCUACUCCGCCAAUCGAAAUUUGUUUUGUUGGAAGAAUCUUUGGCUCAAAUUCUAUCCAACUUCUACCCGCUGCAGGAAGGUACAAUAAGGAGAAACAACAAGUGGAUUGCGACGACCAAGGCGCUCUCCUUUUGACUGCUCAAGUCGGUGUGGAUCUCUCUGUCACCUUGAGGAGCCACGUGGAUCCCCAGCAGUUGAACCAGCUCUUCCCAGUCGACUUGGCUGAUGUCGAUGGGCCCACUCAUGCAAUCCUCGCCGUCCAAAUCAACAGGUUUCAAUGCGGGGGUUUGGCCAUCGUUGCAUGCGUGUCGCACAGGGUCGUUGAUACCGCCUCCUUCUCCUCAUUCCUCGCGGCCUGGGCCAUGGCCGCAUGCACCACCGGAAAACUACUUAUUCAACCCUACUUCGACCACCGCAGCUCCUACUUCCCCGCCGAGAAUCUUCCUCCCUACGACAACGAGCCUCAUGAAAACAUCAUCACCGAGCGCUACCUCUUCGACAACAAAGCCAUAAAGAAACUCCGCCAGCGGCUGACGUCCGAGCCCCCUCCGUCGAGGGAGGUCACCGUCUCUACCUUCCUAGCACAAGCCAUCCUCUGCGCAGACAUCGCGCGUCGCGGGGAACCCCGAGCCGCCAUCAUCGGGCAGCUCAUCAGUAUUUGAGAAAGAACCAUCCCACACGUGCCCAAGAACGCUUUUGGCACGUGGAUUCCGGUUCUUUCCUUGACAUAGCCGCAGAAGACGCUCAAGGGAAAAAUUUUCCCGCCUUGGCGUCAAGGAUCCGCCACGCCAUGGUACAGGGAGUCCGCGACUGCUCGCGGACAAAGAGUUUGGUCGGAAAUUGAUGGUUGACAAUUUCUUGGAUGCCAACAAGAGAGCCAAGACCCACGAUUGUAAGAUGAUAUGGUUGACGGAUUUUUCGAAAUUCGGCGAUUACGAGCUGGAUUUUGGGUUCAGAAAGCCGGACUCACUCAGCCUCCCAACGCAAACGAUGGUGUCGGAGCUGAAGGAUCAUAUAGUGAUUGUAGGGAUCAGAUCACUCGGGAUUCGCUAAUUACCGGGACCUCUUUAUUGAUUGAUCUCUGAGAUGGCUAAUCUCAGAAAUUACAAGCCAAGUACAAACGGUGAUACAAGAUUACAAGUAAUCUAACCCACUGAGAUAUCUAACAAUUACAGGUAUCAAACCCUAAUUGAGGCCCUAACACUUCCAAGAUUUCAACCAAUCUUGAAUCCAAGUCCUUGCCCAAUUAGUACCUGCACACUCAAGGAGAUAUAUCAGUAAACCAACACAAGAUCCUUUCGGAUCUUAGUAGAAACAAACAAAUGCAACAAAGACAGAAUAGUAAGGAUAUGGCUCAGGUCACAACAGUGACUACACUAGGCCAAGGACCUCCCCACACGCUUCUACCACAAGUCACACGAUGAGAAACCUUUGAAUACUAGGUCAGAAAACCCUAGCUACACCGAAUGUCACCCAGACUAUCAAACACUCCACAAUCACCAGCAACUCACAAGAUCCUCUCAUGUACUCACUUCUUGACCACUGCUCUUCACCAGAUUCUAACCCUAGGUGAGAAUCCUUCAAGCACUCUGUUGGAAACCGAGAAAGUCUCCAAACUCAAGAUCUAAACCGAUAAGAUCCACUAAAACAAGGACCAAUCGGUGUAACCCAAAGAUCUGAGGAGUUCACCGGCGAAGUCGCCUGAAAACAAGAGAGAGAAAGCAGAGAGAAGACGGAGAGAAAGUUCUGGUGUGUGAGAGGAGAAAGACUAAAUCUGAGUAAGUGAGAGGUCGGCCUCUCACUUAACAAACACAUCACAGAAUCAACGGCCACAAAGCUGGAUCCAGGUGAGAGAUACACGUGGCAGACAUCGGUGCAGUCAAGGUAAGUCAUGGAUCAAGCCGGGUUGGGCCACCAUUACACAAACAUUGGGCCACAACAUUUAAUCAAUUGGGUCAGGCCCAAUGCAAGAUUAAAUACUUAAGGUCCAACUAAAAGUAGACCAUCAAUAUUCAACAUUCUCCACCUUGGAUUACUUUGGGAGCAUAUGGGGAGAGCCUAAGUCUACUGUUGCUUCAUCACAGCCUACAAGGCCUUCCUCAAGACACCAAAGAGUUUUGAAGCUCAUUAGUCAAGAGAUAAGACCAGGUUGCCUAAUAAGACACCAGAUGGCAAGCCAAUUAGUCUUAUAGGACUUUUACUGCCUUGUG